AUGGCAACAGAUAAAGAGCAUCAAUCCGUCAGGUCGUCGCUGUUCUCAUCCAUCUCCCUACAUUGCCAUCACUUGCUCUCCAUCGCCCUAAGACCUUUCAGAAGGCACUUGUCUCCAGCACCAUCCAAAGCACAGUCUGUAUUAGAGUCUCCAGCACUCCCACCUCGACCAGCACAAGCACCGCCAGUCGUUGAACAACGUCUCGUCUUCGCCUUCCAAGCCAUCGUACCUCGCCCUGUCACACCUCAAAAGCCUGCCGAUCUCCCAGCACCUCCUGUUCCAGCUCGCCCACGUUCCGUCUCUGGCGACUACCUCAAAGACAAGCGAUUGGAACUGCAAAACUCGGAUUAG